GCGGCCGGCGGCGCCGCUGCGGGACCCUCCCCCGGACGAGGGGCGGGUUCGAGAGCUUGGCGCGCUCUCACGGACGGGGCGCCCACACAGACGCGGCGCGAUGGCACCUGCCGGAGGCCCCGGGGCCAAAACGGGUAUUUUGGAACGUCUGGAGAGUGGGGAGGUUGUGGUUGGAGACGGCAGCUUUCUCGUAACUCUGGAGAAGAGAGGCUACGUGAAGGCUGGGCUCUGGACUCCAGAAGCCGUGGUGGAACAUCCAGAUGCAGUUCGUCAACUUCACAUGGAAUUCUUGAGAGCGGGAUCAAAUGUCAUGCAGACUUUCACCUUUUUUGCCAGUGAGGACAAUAUGAAGAGCAAGUGGGAAGAUGUGAACGCUGCUGCCUGUGACCUCGCCAGGGAAGUGGCUGGCAAAGGUGAUGCUUUGGUGGCAGGGGGGAUCUGCCAGACAUCCAUGUACAAACACCACAAGGAUGAAGCUAGAGUUAAAAAACAGUUUCAACUCCAGCUAGAUGUUUUUGCCAGGAAAAAUGUGGACUUCUUGAUUGCAGAGUAUUUUGAGCAUGCCGAAGAAGCCAUCUGGGCUGUGGAAGUCUUAAAAGAGUUGGGCAAACCCGUGGCAGCUACCAUGUGCAUCGGCCCAGACGGAGACAUGCACGGUGUACCACCUGGAGAAUGUGCUGUUAAACUGGUGAAGGCAGGGGCAGCGAUUGUGGGCGUGAACUGCCGAUUUGGGCCCAGCACCAGCUUGAAGACAAUGAAGCUCAUGAAAAAGGGCCUACAGGCUGCGGGGUUGAAGGCGCACCUGAUGGUGCAGUCCCUAGGGUUCCAUACACCAGACUGUGGCAAAGGAGGGUUUGUGGAUCUCCCAGAAUAUCCCUUUGGACUGGAGCCCAGAGCUGCAACCAGAUGGGAUAUUCAGAAAUACGCCAGAGAGGCCUACAGGCUGGGGGUCAGGUACAUUGGCGGGUGCUGUGGAUUUGAGCCCUACCACAUCAGGGCGAUUGCAGAGGAGCUGGCCCCAGAAAGGGGAUUUUUGCCACCAGCAUCAGAAAAGCACGGCAGCUGGGGAAGUGGUUUGGACAUGCACACCAAACCCUGGAUUAGAGCCAGGGCUAGAAGGGAAUAUUGGGAAAAUCUGUUGCCAGCUUCAGGCAGACCUUUCUGUCCUUCACUGUCACGGCCAGAUGUCUAAGAAGUAGUGCUGUUUCAGAAAUAACAGAACAGAAGGAAAUCCCCAGCCAGCCCCAUCUGGAAAGCUUCCUCGCCUUUACCCCCAGCCCAGCGUGCUAUCUCCAGAUGCUCAACAGCUAAUGUGCUGCCGGCCCUUCGGUUCAGUUCGACGUGUGCAUCUUGUGCAUCUUGUGCCCCUGCUGGGGAUGAAGACCCAGCCCGAUGCUGCAGUGGAUGCAAAGAUGAUGGGAAAGGCCCCUGGUCCCCCACUUCCUUACUGUGCAGUGAUGCUGUGGUACAUUCUUUGGGAGGUCAUCAAGAAUAGCAAAACUUGGGCCACCUGGGUGGUUCAGUCAGUUAAGCCUCUGACUUUGGCUCAGGUCAUGAUCUCACGGUUCUUGAGUUUGAACCCCACAUCAGGCUCUCUGCUGUCAGUGCAAAGCCCACUUCUGCCUCUCUCAACUCUCUGUUCCUACUCUGCUUGUGUUCUCUUUAUUUCAAAUACAAAUAAAUUUUUUUUUAAAUAACAGCAAAACUUGUCUUUUAGAGUGAAUUUGAGAUUUUAAAGUAACCAGAAGUCACUGAACACCAAACCUAUGAUUAAUUCAGGCAACCAAGCUAGGUGCCUGAGAAGAUGGAAUAGCGAUGAGUCUGCUUUUUUUUACGUGAUUUGUAUAAUGACUCCAAGGGCAGUCCCAAGGAAGAGAAGCAAAAAAUGUCUUGAGCAAUGGCAGGGUUAUGUGAUUACUUUCAAAGAUGAUUUUACUUAAAGGUGUUAUGUCCUUAGAAAAAGAUAGUGUUAGAGUCUAGAGGUUUUUUUUUAAUGUGUCUUCACAAUCACAAAUAGCUAGAUUAUAAACUACUUAAGACAAGGACA